UAUCCGUUGGGAGAACACACAAGCUGGUUUAGAAUCAACACCCUCCAAGAAGGAAAAAAACUACGCCUUUGAAGCCAUGUCUAUGAAAAAGCUGCAAACCGAGAUCGAUAGGGUCUUGAAGAAAGUGAGCGAGGGUGUCGAUACUUUCGAGACUAUCUUUGAUAAAAUUCAUUCCACCAAUAAUGCGAAUCAAAAAGAAAAAUACGAGCAGGAUUUGAAGAAAGAAAUCAAAAAGCUGCAACGAUUACGCGACCAGAUCAAAACAUGGCUGUCAUCCAACGAAAUCAAGGAUAAGCGUUCACUUCUUGAAAAUCGAAAACUUAUCGAGUCGCAGAUGGAACGCUUUAAAGCGAUCGAAAAAGAGAUGAAGACAAAAGCGUACUCCAAAGAAGGCCUGCUGCAAAGGGAAAAGCUCGAUCCGAAGGAGAAAGAAAAGAUGGACACCUGCGAUUGGAUCACCAGCACAGUAGACGAGUUAUCCAGGCAAAUUGAAUCGGCAGAAUACGAACUGGAAACACUCCAAGGCACAACAAGAAAAGGCAAAAAAGAUCACGCCAAAGUUGAACGUUCCAAUGAACUCGAUCACGCCAUUGAACGUAAUAAAUGGCACAUUAGCCGAUUAGAACUUAUUCUACGACUGUUGGAAAACGACCAUCUGGAACCGGAAAAGGUCAUGGCUAUCAAAGACGACGUUCAGUACUAUGUAGAAUGUAAUCAGGAACCUGACUUUGAAGAAGAUGAGUUCGUUUAUGAUGAUUUGAACUUGGAAGAGGAAGAAGAGCUGUAUGCUAUCCGCACCGAUGAAUUCCACCGUGAGCAAGAAGAAAAAGAAGCAGCCAAAAUGGAAGAGGAGAAAAUAUCAUCAAAACGAGCAGCCAAAGAGAAAGAAAAGGAAAAGGAAAAAGAAGAAGAGACACAGAGCAGUAUAUCUGACUUGAGUCGCAGUACUUCGAAAUUGCAAAUCAGUCCAAAGAAAGAAACGUUGGCAGCAUCACCGGAGGAAUCAAAAGCGCCAGCUCCAAAAGCAGCAGCGGUCAAACAUACUGAAUCAGUGCCAACACCGCCCUCCACGGGACUUAAGUAUGCUCAGGCAGCAGCUGCAGGUGUCAGCGGGUCUACUUCUCAAGAUAAUCUAGCAAAGCUGAAAGAUGACAAAGACAAAGCCGCCGAAAUUCCUUCUGCUUGGACCGAACCACCAAAGAUAGUAGAUCAAUUCAAGCAACCAGCACAACAGAUCGAAAAGCCAAAACAACAAUCUCAAUCCCCUGCACCCACCUCUGCCGACUCUGUUUCCCAAAAUCUUCUUUCCGCACAGUAUUCUGGCAAAACUUCUCCACUUGACUCUGCGGUCUCACAGUCGCAGAGCCUGGAGAAUGAAGCCCGAUUACCAUCUUCUCUCGCCGACUUCGCGUCUUCCUUUGAAGCCAUCAAAUCUAAGGCUACCAAAGAGGAUAUGAUGUACACACACCAAAUGCUGGAUGUUAGUUUACAACAUGUUCCGGAUCUGAUUGAUUCUGAAAGACCGAAAAUUUAUCAACCUCGAACACCGUACCUUACACCAAGCUACUAUCCGCAGCAACCUUUGGCAAUCUUUGAUAAUCCGGCAUUAUUCGAAAAAUUCGACAUGGAUGCACUGUUCUUCAUCUUUUACUACCAGCAAGGCACAUACCAGCAAUACCUAGCAGCAAAAGAACUGAAAAAACAAUCCUGGCGAUUUCAUAAAAAGUAUUUAACAUGGUUCCAACGUCAUGAGGAACCAAAAAUCAUCACAGAGGAAUAUGAGCAAGGCACAUACAUAUACUUUGAUUACGAAGGUGCAUGGUGCCAACGAAAAAAGACCGAGUUCCGAUUCGAGUAUCGAUAUCUUGAAGAAGCCUAAGCUCAGCUUUUAGACAGGAUCUAAAAAUUCCGCGGCUUCGUUAAAAGUGGCACUUCUUUCCCUUUUGUUUGUUUUCGAUUGCUUCAGAAGUGACUUUUUUUUUGCAUAAUAAACUCAAGUAAACCGACUAUCAGUGACCUUGGAAUGAGGAGUGUGCAUUCAUGCUGUACAGAACAAUUCCUUGUCAAGGCUGAUAAAAAAAAAGAAGCUGGCAAAGCCAUCAUCAUGGCUAGUCAAG